CCAGCCCAAGUCAGCAUGGUCUUUGACACAUCAACGGUUCCCUGCCCUCUCUAUAUUUCUGGUGUCUCCAUUGACUUCUAGGCAAGUCCGAGUUGCCCACGCCAAUCAAAUAUGGCACAGGAAAGUCAUUACGACUGACCUUUUCUCCACCGAUGAAACUUUCUGUUGGGGAGACAUUUCACUUACGUGUUGGGUACAAGAGAUGGUUUGGACUGAAGCAUGAUGAAGAAGACAUUGCUUUCGAACCAGAAGAAAUCUUUCGCAUUUAUGGUGCAAGUGAGAGACAAGAAUACAUUAAGUUUCAUAAAAAGAUUAGGAUCGUUGUCGAACUUUCUGGGAACACAACAGAAGUUGCGCAGGUAGCGUCUUCUUCCGGUAAAAACUCCGAGCUCCAGCCCACCACCGACGAAAUCAGCCGAAUUUGCCCUCGGUUCCGAAUUCUAGUAAUAGGAAAGACCGGUGUCGGCAAGUCAUCCCUAAUCAACCAAGCAUUCGGAGUGGAAAAAACGCUUACUUCGCAUGAAAUGCCGGGCAAGGCUGAAAUCGACACCGAGUUCAUCUCGCAACAGAAUGGCAGAUUUGUUCUCCACGAUAGCAAAGGUUUUGAGCCAGGAGAAGUAGACAACCUCCAAAUAGUACGAGAUUUCAUUCAACGUCGGAGAAACAUGUCCGCUUUGGAACAUCAGCUGCAUGCUGUUUGGCUUUGCUUUGAAAUACCCCGCGCAGGCGGGCGUUUACUGGAAACGGGCACGGAGGAAUUCCUGUCAUUGAAACGUGAUGGAACGCUAGGAAAUAUUCCCGUCGUCGUCGUCCUCACUAAAUAUGAUAUGCUUCUCGACCGCACAGAGCGUACUCUGGACGCUCUCGUGGGAUCAAACGACGAGACAAUCAAGGAACUCACCAAGAACAAAGCAGAAGCCGAGCUACAGAAUAUCUGUAUCGGACCCCUAGAGGAAUUUGCUGGGCCCGACAUCCCCCACGCUGUCAUCUCUACCGAAGAAUGUCACAAAGAAACACUGGCCCGUCUGAUCCGAAUGACUGAAAACUCCGUCCGUCAGCACCUUGCGCCCGAGGCCGCGGUGAUGGCCUCCAUCGCCCAGCGAGUGGAUACUGGACUCAAAAUAAAUGCAUCGAUCGAGGUUGGGAAGACAAAAUACUGGAAGGCGCUUGCAUCAAGCACUACAUUCAAGAACCGCAAGACGUGGGAUUGUCUAAAUGUGCUUCACAUUGACAUCGUUGCAGUGUGGAAUUUCUAUGACCCUCAUCAUUACUUGCGCAGCCAAGAGUUCAGGGAAAUGAUGGUGAAAAUGGUCGAUACGCUAGAAGUUGGACCUACGGCUGAUCCCAGCAGGACUGUUGCUAUUGGGCUUUCCAUGGUGGGUACUAUUGCGGGCAUCAUGGCCGCCCUGGCGGGACCUGCGGCUCCCAUUGUAGUGCCGAUCGCGGCAGGUGUUGUACUCGCCGUAUGGGCUCACGACGUAUACCAGAUAUCCCACGCAGUGCUUCAGCGCUUCAUGUCCUAUAUCGUCCACUUAACACUCGUGUUACAGACACUUUAUCUCGUAUCAGAAAACCAGGAACUCACUCGUAGGGCCAUCAAACUCGCGGUCGCUUCCUACCUCGAGUCAGAAAUGGGCAGAGAAGUUCAUACUCGGAUUCAGGAGUAUGAUAGGAAAUUGACCCUCCUGACACGCGCGGAUCGCGACGCGUUGGAUAAAAUCAUUGAGGUGAUGCAAUUUUAUAGCAUCAGUGCGGCACAGAUGUCCGAUCUUCGGGCAAAGAUUCCGGCUGUGGGUUCAUUGCCGGAUGAAUCAUGGGAUAUGGAGCCUGCGAAGUCGUAGCACUCGGUUUUUGUUGUGUAUGAUUUGCAACGUUUAGCAGGCAUUGUCUGAGUAUUUACGAGUUUGUGGUGUGCGCUCAUUUGUACUAUGUAAAUAUGGCUGAC